CUGGAAUUUAAAGGUCCUACAAGUGAGUAACAGGAAUGUCAAUUAUUUGGCCAUUUUAAAUAUGAUGUAUUCAGUCAUUCCGACUAUCCACUUAAAGUUCAUUGUUCUUAUAAUUCAUUCCUUAUAGCUUUUCGUUUGUUCAAUUGCAUUGUUCAUCUAAAAAGGAAACUAGAAAGAAUCACAAGAGGUUUUUUCAACAAGAAAUUGCUGUCUAUUAGCAAAUGCGAAAUAGUCAUACAAACAAAUUGGUGAUAUCUGAUCUGUACCACUGCAAAUGACAGUUCGGGACUGACAUAAAAUAAUUGUUCCCUUCAAGACGUGACAGGGGACCGAAAGUGGAACAAAUUUUACUCUAUAUUAUGUAUAGGCAGAAAUCGAUUUUCAAGAUUUUACAAUUUCUGUAAUUUUUCAACAAUAACCCGAAAUUGGACAUUUCUGCCUAAGUAAUAAAAAAGAUGUAAGAUAUGGGUGAUGCUGUGAUUGAUUUUCGUAGUUUGUACUCAAAUUAAAUGAAUAUAAUCUCAAAAGGUGCGAAAAUAUCCAAAAUUAAAUUACUGUUAUGCUAAAAACAGUAUAGUUUUCGUUUUCAGUAUUCACACACAAUCAUGCUAAAUAUUGAAAUUUUUAGGUCCAACCAGAUUCAAUAGUUUACCUUUACCUCAUAAUUGACAGAAGCAAGAGCUAAAAACUAAAUGCAGACAUCAUUUUCAACUGAAAGGUUCGAAAUUAGUGAAGUUGUGAAAACUGUGCUCAAUGAUGUCAAAAGGUUGAUGGAGAAACAUGGCAAAUUAAUUGUGGUAGACAUUGGUUUCAAACCUCACAUCAUCUGUGCAGAUUAUGACUUCACUGAGUUUGUACUUAGUAGUCAAAGCUUUCUGAAUAAAUCUGGAGACUACCUCUAUUUGACCAACUGGUUAGGAACUGGACUCCUCACAAGUGAUGGUUCAAAAUGGAAAAAACGAAGACGACUAACAACUCCAGCUUUCCACUUUUCUAUAUUAGAGAGCUUCAUUCCAUCUUUUGAAAAGAAUUCUGACAUCCUUUUACAGAAGCUAGAUAACCUAGUAGGACAGGAAAUAGAUAUCUACAGAUAUGUCACACUUUUCGCAUUGGAUGUAAUAGCAGAAACAGCUAUGGCAGUUGAAUUACGGGCACAAGAUUUCGAAGACUCAGAUUACGUUCAACAUGUAAAAACCAUGUGUAGAAUUAUUCAAGACAGACCUUUGAGCAUCUUCAAAAGUAACGACCUCUUUUAUCCACUAUUUCCUGAUUACUAUAUCGAACGAAGAGCUGUAAAAUACCUUCACAACGUAACAUACAACGUCAUUGACUCGAGAAUGGCAGCGCAGAAAGACACUCAUGGCUUUAGAGAAGAAUACGACGAGUUGGGGAAAAAGAAAAGGAUGCCGUUCUUAGAUAUUCUGUUACAGUCUGAAAUCGAUGGAAAAUCUUUGAGUCGCGAUGAUAUAAGGGAAGAAGUUGAUACAUUCAUGUUUGAGGUAGACUUUGGUGCUUUCGAGUAGCUUUUAUACUAAGCUAAUAUAAGAUUGUGUUUUUCAGGGACAUGAUACUACAGCUUCAGCUAUAAGCUUUGCACUAUUUCUGUUGUCCAACCAUCAGGAUGUACAGGUGAGUAAAUAAUCGUAACUGGGGUUCCUCAGGGCUCGAUCAUCAGAGCAAUAGAGUUUUCCUUCGCGUUUCUGCAGAAUAGAUUUUCGCGUUGAUAAGAUCAGUUGGGAAGUAGCGAAAUAAGUGAUUACUUUUCUCCUUAUUCAAACUACUCUACGAGUAUGUACGUUUAAGGAACGUAUGUAUAUUGUUUAUUUUUGAAGCAUCUAGGAUACAAUUAAGUGUCGAUUUCAGGAAGUGUAAGUAGCUUCAAUGGUAUUUAUGUCUACGUGUACGACUUCAGGAAGUGUAAGUAGUUUGUAAUUUAUAUUUCAGGUAGUAUUUGAGGGUGAAUCAGUUCAUAACUCGCGUCAAUGAAUCCAAAUUUCUCAUAGCAGUCGCAGCAUCCUGGUAUUCAGGCUAUGCCUUCUUGUUUGUUCGAAUGUAAAAAUAGAAACAAUCGAUGGAUUUUAGCGGUGAUGCUUAAAAGGCACAAAAUGUGCGGAAACAAUGUGAUUGCAUAGAUUACUAGAUUACUAUAAAACUAUCCAGAAAAAGUUGAAAUAAUUUUUAUUCGAAUAUUGCUGAAGUUUGUAUUCAAAACAGCACAGUGGUUAAAAAGACUCCCUAUUGCACUCUAAUUCCAGGAAAAAAUCAGCCGUAUAUCUGAUGAUUUGGCUUCUCCUGCAUAUUUAUGUUAAAAAUCAGACUUUUUCUAAAAUUUCACAAAUGUUGAAACAUCUUUUGAACUAUGUAUUCCAUUUCGGAUAAUACAUAUAGAGGUUAGUUCGAUACAAAUUGAGGUAUUCUGU